CUCAGAACACGCUGUUGGCGAUUGAAGUACAGCAAUCUUGCUUGUUCUAUAUGACGCUGAUGAAACUAUUUGACGCGCAAAAGCCCAAGAUCUUGGUGACGCUCAUGUACUUGCCUUCAUUUCUAACACAUCUCUGGCGGCUGAUGUUAACACUUGGUCCCAAGGGCGGUAUGGUAAUAUACCUGGAGGCUGCGGCGACAGGAGGCGCUAGAGGUAAAGGAUUGGAUCAGGAGCCAUUGAUCGCAAUUUUGCAGAUCUUUUCACCCUUGAUGAUGAUGACAUGUAUGAGCAACAGAAGACGUGGGGAUUAUCAGAGCUCGUAUUCAUGUCUGGUUUCUUCAAUCAAUUUUGCUUUUCUAUCCUAAGUCAGCAAGAGAAUCUAAAAAACGAAGACAAGAUCAAGAAUGACUCUAAUGUAACAUCAACAGAGAGCAACUCCUUGCUAUCACCUCCACUUCCGCCUAUUUUCUAUCAUGCAAGACAAGUGUUGAUGCAACUGUAUGAACGAGAUUGCCGCAGAGCCUUCUGCCCUCCGAACCAUUGGCUUUUGAUACACCCAUCCAAGAGCGUAUUUCAAUCACCUCUGCAGCUUUUAGCGUCUCUUACUUUGUCAAGUAGCAAGAACAGCAGUGGGAGCAAGCCAGGGUCUUCUCCUUUUAAAAGUGGUGGAGGAAUCUUUUCCUUCCCGUCUUCCAAAUCGCCUCCACAAUACUCUACACCCAAGGAGUAUAUUACUAAAAUAGCACAAAAGGACAGGACUGCAUUGCAAAUACUGGAAACAAUGUCACAUGUCAUCCCUUUUAAUGCACGUCUCGAGAUAUUUCGAAACUUUAUCAAAGAAGAAAAGGCGCAACGAGCACAGGCACUAGCGCUUGUGCGACCCGAUCUGCAUCAAUCAUUCAUAGUCAAGGUUCGGCGUGGAUAUAUCCUAGAAGAUGGCUAUAAGAGCCUAGCGCAGUUAUCAAAUAAUGGAUGGAAGAACACAAUUAGGGUGAAAUUUGUGAACGAAGUUGGAGCAGAUGAGGCUGGGAUUGAUCAAGGUGGGCCCUUCAAGGAGUUCAUGGAAAGCUUUCUGGAGGCCGGAUUCUCGCCUAAUCUGAACCUGUUUACAACAUCUACAGCAUCCAUGAAUAUGCUAUACCCUUCACCGACAUCUCAUUAUACGCAUCCAUCCAAUGGACUGGAACUGUUUCGAUUAUUUGGCAAGAUGUUGGGAAAAGCCAUGUAUGAAGGCCUUUUGGUGGAUGUCAAGUUUGCAAACUUUUUUCUUAGUAAAAUUCUAGGUCGAACAGUUUUCUUGGAUGAAAUGAGAUCUUAUGAUGAACAGGUGUAUCAGAAUCUAAUGUUCGUCAAGAAAUACGAUGGUAAUAUCGAGGACCUAGGACUGACCUUCUCGUUGGAUGAAGAAGUCUUUGGAACACAUCGCACGAUUGAAUUAAUCAGAGGCGGUAAGGAUGUAGAAGUGACCAAAGAUAACAGGAUCAACUAUAUCUUCAAGCUCUCAGACUAUCGGCUGAAUAAACAGAUUCAAGAGCAGUCCAAGGCAUUCAUUGAAGGCUACCGAUCGAUCAUUCCGUUGCAUUGGAUCUCAAUAUUUUCUCCACAAGAGUUACAGCGCGUUAUGGCUGGUGAGGAUGUUGAUUUCGAUGUACAAGACCUUCGUGCGCAUACAGAGUACCAGAAUGGCUAUUUCGAUCAGCAUCCAGUGAUUAGGAAUCUGUGGGCAGUCUUAGAUGAGUUUAACUCGGAAGAAAAACGUGCUUUCCUCAAGUUUGUCACUAGUUGCUCCAAGCCUCCGCUAGGCGGUUUCAAACAUUUAUACCCACCCUUCUCAAUUCGGUUAGUCAUGAAUCCAACGGUUUCUGACCAGAGUCAUGAUGGUCCUCAGGCAAAUGCGUCGAGGCGCGUUGGAAGCAGCACAAAUAAUUCUUCCAGCCAGGAUCAUCACGACAAUAUACAACCUCAUCAGCGUAAUGCCACUGCCACUAGUAUAGGCAGUUCAGGCGGAUCUGCAUCAGGGGGAAGGUUUGGAUCCAGACUACGAUCAGCGCUUAGUGUAAAUAACAGUAGUAGAUCCAAUGAAAGACCACAAACUGCAACGUCGUUUCUAUCCUCUUCACGAACAUCCAGAUCAAGCUUAUCUUCAUCAUCAUCUUCACCCUCUCCUUUUACACUUACGACCGAUGAACAUGGUACACCUGCGGCCCUUGGCGUUGUGAAAUCCUUCUUUGGAGGUGUCCUUGGUAGCACUAGUUCCUCUAGUGAGAGUGCUGGUAAAAAGGCCCGUUUGCCUACAAGCUCAACCUGCUUCAACUUGCUUAAACUACCACCAUUCACUUCAAAAUCUGUCCUCAGAGAAAAGCUUCGCUACGCAAUUAUGUCAAAUACAGGCUUCGAAUUAUCUUGAUGAACAAUACACCAACCAUAUUCAUACUAUUCCCAGCUCACUUGUUGACUCGAUGAAGCAAUAAACGACAAUUUUUUUUAAAAAAAAAAAA